AUGGAUGACAGAUUUAUGCUUGCCAUCGACGGGAUAAUUGUCAACGACCACGUCAGCACCUUUGAUUCCGGUUUAGCUAAACUGUUUACUGCAUAUUACAUCUUCAACAUCAAAUAUCCUAUUGAAACUGCAGCAACACUGGAGUUUAUUCAAAGCAUGUGGUUUCCGGCCGGCCAGUUUAACCUUGCUGGUUGGUGCGUAAGACCCACGGCCAGACAACACCACGGCCAGACACAACCCACGGCCGGACACAACCCCACGGCCAGAUACAACCCGGCCAGACCACAACCCCACGGCCGGACACAUCCCCGGCCAGACAACCUCCGGCCAGACAUAACCCCACGGCCGGACACAACCCCACGGCCGAACGCACAACUCCACGGCAGAGCACAACCCCACGGCCAGACACAACCCCACGGCCAGACACAACCCCACGGCCAGACACAACCACCGACAAACACAACCCCGACAAGAGACAACCCCACGGCCGGACACAACCCCACGGCCAGAUACAACCACGGCCAGACACAACCCCACGGCCGGACAUCCCCACGGCCAGACAACCUCACGGCCAGACAACCCCACGGCCGGACACCACGGCCAGACACAACUCACGGCAGACACAACCCCACGGCCAGACACAACCCACGGCCAGACAACCCCACGGGCAACCACCGACAAACACAACCCCGACAAGACACAACCCGGCAGACACAACCCGACAAGAGACAACCCACGGCAGGCAUAACCCCACGGGACAAACCCCACGGCCAGACACAACCCCGGCAGACACAACCCCCGGCAGACCAACCCCCGGACAAACACAACCCCACGGACAAACACAACCCCACGGCAGACAGAACCCACGACACAACCCCCAGCAGACACAACACGGCCAGACACAACCCGACCAGACACAACCCGGCAGACACAACCCCACGGCCAGACACAGCCCCACGACCAGACACAACCCCCGGCAGACACAACCCCGGGCACAACCCCACGGCCAGACACAACCCCACGACCAGACACAACCCCACGGCAGACACAACCCCGGCAGACACAACCCCACGGACAAACACAACCCCACGGACAAACACAACCCCACGGCAGACAGAACCCCACGACAAGACACAACCCGGCAGACACAACCCUACGACAAGACACAACCCCACGGCCAGACACAACCCCACGGCCAGACACAACCCCACGGCCAGACACAACCCCACGGCCAGACACAACCCGGCAGACACAACCCCGGCCAGACACACCCACGGCAGACACAACCACCGACAAAACUAG